CAUCCCAAAGCAACAACAAGCCGCAAUGUGUCUCUUCUCGUCCUCUAAAAACCGCCCCAUCGCCCACCCAGUCACGGAUCCCCCUCCCCACCACAGCCACUGGCACAUCGACCGCCCGGACGCAUACCGCUACUCGCACUCGCACUCUCAUUCUCACUCGCAUUCUCCCUCUCACUCGCACUCGCACCACGACCAGUACCCACAGCACUACGACAACUACUCUUACGCCCGGUACAGCAGCGGUGGCGGGCGGAGGAGCACCGAUGCGGUUGGGUACAGGAGCAGUGGUGGGACUGGGUACAGGGGCAGCGGCGGCGUAGCGCGCAUCCCGGGCAGGGUGUCGGGGAGCAGUUUUGGCGAGGGGUUUGAGGGGCGGAGGAGUGGGGCGAGCUUUAACGGGGGGAGGAGGAGGAGCGUCGAGAGGAGGAGUGUCGUUGUUGUUAGAACAGGAGACACUGUCAAGGUUGCAUGCAACCGUGCCGGUUACGGCCGCAAGUUCACCCUCACGUCGACCGGACGCGGUCAGACGCUACGCGGCUACAAUACCAGAAUUCUCGCCAUGCAAGCCAAGAUGGCCGAAGAGGCUUGGUAG